UUCAAUUAGUAAGUUGUACAUUCACGUGUGUAUUUUAUGAAAAGUGUGGUUAAUUCUCAUUUUUCUAAUUGCAACAUGGACGUCGUUAAGGAAAUUUUAGAAAAAUCAGCUUAUGAUGUUGAAAAAUAUAAAUCUAUUACCGUUAAUAAACAUAUUGAUCUGGUGUAUGACCUAGGAACCUUACUUGCAACGGAUACUAACGAAUUAGAUACUGAACUUCUUAGGAAACGACCCAAUGACUAUCUGCGGGACUUGGCCAGAGAUAAUGCCCAGUUGCUGGUUAAUCAAAUUUGGGACCUGCCAACAGAGCGAGUAGAUGGCAUUGUUGUGGGUAAAUUCCCUCCUCAAAAAACAGUGUUACCCCGUAUGAAACCUGUUCCCAGGCCCAAACCACUGACCAAAUGGCAACAAUUCGCAAAGGAUAAAGGAAUUCAGAAAAAGAAAAAGAAUAAACUCUCAUGGGAUGAACAGCUACGAAAGUGGGUUCCCACAUAUGGUUUCAAAAGGGCUCAAUCAGAAAAAGAAAAGAGCUGGUUAUUGGAGGUUCCAGGGAAUGCUGAUCCAAUGGAAGAUCAAUUUGCUAAGAAAAGUCAAGCUACAAGUGAAAAGGUAGCGAAAAAUGAGUUGCAGCGAUUGAGAAAUAUCGCCAAAGCUAAGAAAAUUAAAAUUCCAAGGGUUGGGGUUACAAAUUCCGAAGUGUCUACUGCUAAAGAUUUGCAAACUGCAGUUACGGUAGCAAAGGCAUCAACUGCUAGCCUUGGUAAAUUUCAAAGUAAGCUUCCUAAAGAAAAAGAAGCAAGAGGUGUAGCAGAUAUUACCCCAGGAGUAACAAGGAAGCGAAAACUACCUCCUGUAUCCGGUGCCGAAGAAAGAAGCGAAAAUUUGGCAAUUGUUGAUACUAUUUUGAACAAAAAACCAAAAUUGGAUAUCGAGAAAGCUGUAGCUCGACAUAUUAGCAAUGAACAGUUAGAGCGUUCUCAGGAGAAGCAAAGUUCAGGUAACAGAAGUUCGAAAGGUAAAGGCAAAGCAAAUUCAAAGAAGCCGAAAGGAGGGAAGGGACAACGAAAAGGAAAGACUUCAGGUGGUCGAAAGAGGCGUUGAUAGUUAUUGAAUAUAUUUUGUAAAUAUAGGUUUAAGCAUCAUACUGACCUUGAUAUUGUCAAAUUGUGGAGUUUUUUCUUCCUGCUUUGCUCCUUUGUGCAGUAUUAGGAGCAUAUACUUGAAAAAACUGUUUCGGUUUUUUUUCACCACAGCAUCUUCAGACCUUAAGUUGCACAACUUCUGUAUCCAUUUCUUACAAAUCUCUUUGUCUGAAAAGUAGAGUGUUAGGACAUUAUUUCAAAAUAUAAUCGAAAGCAUUCAUAAUUCAACAUUUUUGUUAUCUCGCUGCCUUUUCAUUGAUUUUAUCCUAGCAGGCAGAAUUUUAAAGACUGAAAACUAUACUUUCUUCAGUGCCCUGGUUUAUAGGAUGUAUAAGUAUUUUUUUAACAAUGCAUAAUUCACAAUUUCAUUUAUAUCCCUAAAAUUUAAUGGCUGAGAAGAAUUUGUUCACUGACUUCAUAAAUAUAACCAAGGAAAUUAUGGAAUGUAUGUCAAAUUUGUCAAUUCAAUACAAGAACAUCUUACCGUCCUUUUUUUAGUAUUGAAAAAUUACAAAAACAACCAUAGUAGAAUUCCAAGUAUCCAGAUCAAUUUGAAUCAACUCUAAUCUGUAUAAUCUAAUAUCAGGAAAAUUGAAUUUGACAAAAAAAGUUUAUUUUGAAAGGAAACCACCAGAAAAAGUUUUAAGGGACUGAAAAAACGAAAUUGACCUCAAUGCGGCAUUUAAAAUAUCAUUUUAUCACUGUAAAGUAUAGUAUUAGUGGAUUUAGUACAUACUUAACAUUUACAGUGCAUAAAUUACUGCUUCAAUAGUUUAGUCAGAGUGAGGAAAAGAUGUACUCUUGCGCCUCUGACCUCUGAACAGACAUUGUUUACAAGUUUUUGCAGAAAAAAAUUAGACCAAACAAUUCUGUUUUCUUUAAGUGAUCUAGUUGAUUCAAAGGGGUUCAAAUAAUUGGAAUUCUACUAUAUUAAUAUUUAUUCAGGGUCAGGUGAAUUUGCAAUUUGAUAAUGCAUAAAAGGUAAAAGUUUCAAACUGCAUUAUGAAUUCUGUGCAGGCAAUAUUUUGAAGUUUGUUCUAUAAUUUUACAAAUUCUACAAUACAAUCCAUAUACAUCCAAUAAACCAGUAUAAAUGGCUCUAAAUUUGUGAACUAUUUUCUUUAAAUAUAAACAUAUUUUGAAAAAUCGAAUCUAAUUAAGUACCGAGCGAAGAGACUUGCUGAGAAAUGUCUUUACGAAAUUUCAUUAACUGUAUAUCUUACUUUAAUUCUUUUCUUUGUAUACUUUAGGUAACAAGUUUUUCAUGUUGUUAUGUAUGAGUUUUCCAAAAUUCAUAUUAUAAUUAUAAUUUUGCUGGUUCAAGACUCAAAUUGAUAAAUUCAGUUUUAUUUUUUAUUGAGUCAUAUCAUGAAUUAAUUCAGUAACAAUUAUUUAUUAGGUUAUAAUAAGUAUUUUGUUAUUUGUGAUUUCAGUUGUAAAAUAUGAUCUUUCGUUUGUAUAAUAAAUGAUUACAAAUAUAA